AUGUUCGCUAUUGCGACUGGCUUUCUCGCUGUGUGGGCAAUGGUCCAUGCAGCUCCCAGCGGAAGUUCUGCUCCCAGUGUCCGUGUUCGCAAUGGAACUUAUACUGGUGUGCAUAGUACAACUUAUGACCAGGACUUCUUCUUGGGUAUGCCCUAUGCCCAGCAGCCUGUGGGUAACCUACGGUUCACCGCGCCACAGUCAUUGAACGAGACUUGGAAUGGGGCACGCGAUGCGACAGAGUAUUCUGAUAUCUGUGUUGGAUAUGGGUCCGACUCUAUCUGGUACCCCCAAUCCGAAGCCUGUCUGACCUUGAACGUCAUCCGAGACUCGUCUGUCAAGUCAAACUCCAAGCUCCCGGUAGGAGUCUGGAUUCAUGGUGGUGGCUUCUGGAUGGGAUCGGGGAGAGACCAGCGGUACAACAUGUCUGCCAUCGUUGAGAACUCAUACAAAAUUGGUAAACCAUUCAUUGCCGUCACUCUCAACUACAGACUGUCCGCCUGGGGAUUCAUCAGCUCAAGCGAAGUCUCCGGCAGUGGCAACACCAAUCUCGGUCUGCGAGACCAGAGAUUGGCACUUCAUUGGAUUCAGGAGAAUAUCGCUGCCUUUGGCGGCGAUCCUACCAAGGUCACAAUCUGGGGCGAGUCGGCCGGUGGCAUGUCAGUGGGCUAUCAAUUGACCGCAUAUGGAGGCCGAGAUGAUAAAUUGUUCCGGGGUGGUAUCAUGGAAUCGGGAGGUUCCAUCUCAGCUAGUGCUGGUAACUUCACGACUUAUCAGUCCUCUUACGAUACCCUGGCUGCUAGUGUCAAUUGCGCCGACGCAGCGGACUCGCUCCAGUGCUUGCGCGAAGUUCCUUUCGAAACACUCAACUCGGUUCUGAACGGGACUGGCGGCUCCUCUGAUUACAAUUUCUCGCCCGUAGUUGAUGGAGAUUUCAUGCGCGACUAUGGCAGUGUACAGUUGAACAACCACGAAUUUGUCAGAGUGCCCAUUAUCUCCGGAACGAACAUGGACGAGGGAACUGCAUUUGGGCCCACGGGAAUCAACACCACCGAGCAGUGGUAUGAGUAUCUCACAGAUGGAUCAAUAGGCAAGCAAUUGCCUGCCUCCAUGGCUAACCGCAUCUUGGAACUCUACCCCGACGACCCCUCGCAGGGUAUUCCAGCAUUCCUUGGUGACCAGCGCGUACCCUCAAUGGGCUAUGAAUGGCGACGAACUAGCGCCUUCGCUGGUGACUUUACCAUGCACGCGAAUCGGCGCCGACAAUGCGAGGCAUGGUCCGAGACCUCGACGCCGGCCUACUGUUACCGAUUUGACGUGCACUCUGCUGACGUCCCGCUCAUCGAGGGAGCAACGCAUUUCGAAGAAGUCUCUUUCGUAUUCCACAACAUCGAUGGACUCGGAUAUCACUACGGAAAGCCUUUUGCAGGUGUGCCACAGUCUUAUAUCGAUCUUAGCACUAUGAUGACGAGCAUGUGGGCCUCGUUCAUUCACGACUUGAAUCCCAAUUCUGGCGUUGUGAACAAGUCCAUCCAUUGGGAGGCAUACGGAAAGGAUAAGCCGGUUGAUUUACUGUUCAGUGCUAAUAUAACCAGCUACAUGGAGGCCGACACCUGGCGCAAGGAAGGGAUUGAUUAUAUCAAUUCGAUUGCGAAGGCAGUUUGGCGGUAG